AUGGUUGAAAAAUCAAACUUGGUCGAAAAAUCAGACUUGGGUGAAAAAUUUUCAAGUGCAAUAGAAAAAUUAUGGAAAUCAUAUCAAAAAGAAACUGCACAAAAUCUUAAACUUAUUGAUGCAUAUUUAGUUUUUAUUUUAUUUUCUGGUAUUUUUCAAUUUACAUAUUGUGUAAUAGUAGGAACUUUUCCAUAUAAUGCUUUUCUUUCUGGGUUCAUUUCAUGCGUUGGAUCAUUUGUUUUAGCAGUUAAUUUACGGAUGCAAACCAAUCCAGAAAAUAGCAAUGAAUUUAAGGGCAUAUCCCCAGAAAGAGCUUUUGCAGAUUUCGUCUUUAGUAAUAUUCUACUUCACUUUUUUGUUGUGAACUUUAUAGGUUAAAAAAUUUUCAACCAGUAAUUAAUUUUUUGUUUAGUAGUUCAAAACUUUUAAAAGUAAUUAUAAUUAAAUGAAUAAAUGAGUUGAAUGAGUUGAA